AAAACUAUAGACGAGUACGAAUGUUAGAAUGUAAUGGCAGAAGAGAAUGUUUUGUUUGAAGCCAGUGAAUGGAAUUACAAAGCGGAAGGCAACUACCACAUCGUUGUCGCAAACGCUUCUGGAAAAGUUCUUCGCUUGCGGAAAUUAAUGCCAAAUCCAUCCAAAAAUGUUCCCGAAUCAAGUGAGAAUGAAAUCAAACAAGGACUGGCUUUUAUUGAGUUUGUGGUUCAGCCGUUACUGAGAGAUUCUGGCCUUUGCUUGAUGCCGCUUCUGGUCAAAUUGUCGGAAAAAUUUAUCACGAAUGUGAUGAAAAAAAUCGAAAAGUUUCGACCAGAACAUAGAAGAUCAAGAGGCCUUGAUACAAAGAAAUGUGGAGUUUUGAUGCAGGAUUACUGUUUCUUGACACGGAAUAAAAUCUGGAACGAUCUGAAAUGGUUAGGUGCUUCAUUAAGCCUGGAUACUGUGGCUGUGGAAAUUAAGUUAAAAAAAGGUUUUCGACCGGCGCAAAAUUUACACAUAAAAGGGUCAAAUUCAUGCGAAAAUAUCUGUCAUUUCUGUAGAACUCAGUUAUACAGGGUAGCAGUAGAAAAAAGGUUUAAAUCAUGUAGUCUGUAUUGUCCUCUGGAUCUGUUUUCUGGAAAUAUAGAUAGAAUGACAUUUGCUUUAAGGUGUCUGGCUCAAAACCCACAAAACAACUUUAGAGUGUUUUUAAACGGCGAGCUAAAGUUUUCACAGCAGUAUUUGGAUGAUUUUAUGCAAGAGGCGACGACUGACGCAAAGUUUGAAUCUCUCCGUGAAUUUAUAUCAUCAGUAUUUGUCGGUUGCAACCCAGUUGAUAGCUUACAUCAUCUGAUAUGUUCCAUGUUAUUAUGCCAUGUAUGUCCAACAAGUGUGCCUGAUGCUCCUAGCCAAGCUGCCCAAGUUUGCGAAGGAUUGAAACAUAAGCAAGCUUCACAGUAUCAAGACAUUGGUAUCUAUCCAGACUCUCAGAUCAGCUCAUGCCCCCCGACAAGCAGUGUUUUAGGAUUAAUACUAGCAGCACAACGGUUAAAUUUAUACACAAUCGAACAAAUUAACUUGUUUAAUGAAGUGCUCAAGUCAAAACUGAGUUUACCAACUGGAAGCGAAUUAAGAAAUGGCCAAACUAGUAGUGGGAAUGGGUCAAUCAAAAGUGGGAAGUGUUUUAAUAAAACGGAAGGCAUUGAAACUGUUGCCGGCUACGUGAAAAACUUUCUCAUCUCGAAAUGCUUCUGCGAUUGCUCUUUAAUGUUUGCUAUCAAACGAAUCAACCAACCAAACACUCAAGUCACCGAAUACCUCAAAAAACGUUUCGAAAACAGCCAAAAGUUUGCCAGUUGUGAUGUCAUAGCAGACAACAAUGGUAACUGUUACCUAGUGUCUGUUGCUGUUGUUGACACGGACCCUAAACCUGCAACAAGGAUUCCAAUGUAUUUGGAUCAACAUAGGACGUUUGUGGAGUGGUGGGACACGUUGUGUGAAAAGGAAAAGGAUUGAUUUAUAUAAAAUAUCCAGGGGUACAGGGGUGGUCGAUUUAGGCCAUAAAAAAUAUCCAGGGUCAUAUUGGCACCAAACCUGGGGUGGCAGAGUGGCAGGGUAAGCAAGCAUUUCCUGGAUUUCCCCUGCCACCCCAGGUUUGGCAACUAUGCGCCAAAGUAGUCAAAAACAAUUGUUUUUUCUUAUUGUUUAAUAGGCUACUGUGUCAAAUCCAGGGCAUCAUACCUUAUUAGUAGUGUCAAUCAAAAAACAAUUCAUUCAAACACUUUCAUGCUAAAUAUUUUCCUCUGCAUAUUGAUCUUUUCUAUGGUUUUUUUUAGAUUGAAAUAACUGCUCCUUUUACCAUAAAUGCCCACAAUAAUGCAAAUAUAAUAAUCUAAAGCAAACAAAGUCAUGGCAAUUCACUUUCACUUCGCAUAUUUUUCUCUUAUACUUUUAGACAUAAUGUGCUCGAUCAAAUUUUCAUUCAUAAAUUGUUAUUUUAGAUUACACAAUAUUUGAUUGCAAUUCCAUUUUAAUUAUUUCAAUCAUUUUAAACCAAGCUGCAAAGGUGUUUAUAUUGAUUAACAUAAGCUGCCCAUGUUAUAAUUAACAAACUACAUGUGAUUAUUUGGUAUAAUUGCAAUGUCUAAUACCUGUUAUAUUAACCCCAUUGAUUUGGUUAUUUAUAUCCUCGUGGGUGGGAACUUGAGUGACUUAUCCAUGGUUGCCACUCCCAUGCCCACAGAAUAGUAUUGAAUAUCAGUAUAUUUAUAAUAAUAUGUUCCAUUCCUUUAUACAGAAGACUUUAUCCUUCAUUCAAUUACUAAUAUUUGUUCGAUUGUCAUAACAAGCAUAAGCGCCAACUUUUAAAAUGCAAUGGAGGCAGGGAUAAUUCGUUUUGUAUUUGUAUAAAACAAAUUUGUUUCAAAUGUUUACUACUUAGUAUUUAAUGCAGAGCACAAAAUUUCAGGGUUCCUACCUUGCCACCCCAGAUUUGGCGCCUAUUUUACAAAAUGUCACUUAAUUUUGUUUUGUCAUUUAUUAAAUAUCUUGGCCUGACCCACUUGUCAAAUGUAAUUCUCUCAUUUUUCAUGUGUUGUAUUUCAUGCAUUCUUACUUUUAUUUGAACUCCAUAUGCG